AAAGCCUUCCAAACUCAUAAAAAACACUCUUUCAACUCCUCCUUUCGCCUUUCAUAUCGAUUCUCUGCUGUGGAAGACGACUAUGAUGAUGAUCAUACCAGUGAUAAUUGCAGCUUUGACGAAGCUGUCAUGCUCUUCAAUGACAGAGAAUACUAUAAGUGCCAUGACUAUCUUGAAGCUCUCUGGAACAUGGCCCAAGAGCCUACCAGAACUCUUAUUCAUGGCAUUCUUCAAUGUGCUGUAGGAUUUCAUCACCUCUUUAACCCGAACCAUAAAGGAGCCAUGAUGGAGCUAGGAGAGGGACCCUGUAAGCUAAGAAAGAUGAGUUUUGUGAGUGGACCAUUUCAUCAAUUUGAGCAAGAGAUUUCUGCAGUUCUGGAUUUUAUUUACCAGACCCAGAUUGAGUUAGCUGCCUGCACUAAUGAUCUUUGUCUUACAAUGGAUCGAUCAGAGAGAUCAUACCAACUUCUCGGGGGCUACGGCGCUGGACAGCAUCUAUAUAGUCUUCAAAGUGACCUUAAUCAAAUAGUCUAA